GCUGGCCAAUCCUGAGAGUGCAAAUACCGCCCAGCGUUGGCGUGCGUUCGCGGUUACAAAGAAGUGAAGUUGCAAAGUUUCUCCCCAAAGAAAAGAUUAAUUUAUUUGAAGUUUGUCUCUUGGUGGACAGGUAGAGGAAAAAAACGCUAACAGCAACCAGACUCCGCUCACGAUUCUUGGUGCCGUACAUCAGCCAAAAUGACAAGCGAAAGCUCAGUUUUGAACAGCUUUGAAAAGCAGGAUUACUUCUCAGAUUCAGGAAGUGUGUGUGAGCUGGAGAUGAAAGCCACAAAGCGAAAAAAACAGGCUGCACUUGAGCCUCAGCCACCCAAGAGACCCAGACCUAACGCUGGAUUGAGAGUGACACACAGUCCCAGUAGCAGCUCCAUCCCUAGUCCUCCAGACCCCUCCCUCAAACAGCAGCAGCCAUCAUCUCAGGGGACAUCCAGACAGGUCUCUCCCAGACCUGUGAGAAAUGGCGAGAGGAACCAGGCUAUAAGUGCAAAGGAUAUCUAUGAUGCAGUCAGCUCUGGAAAGAGUGCCAUGGUGACGGUGGUUGACGAGUGGUUGGACAGCUACAAGCAGAGCCGAGAGGCGGGGCUGCUGGUGCUCAUCAACUUCAUUGUUCAGUGCUGUGGAUGCAAAGGUGUGGUUAGCAAAAAGAUGCUGGACAGCAUGCAGAAUGCUGAAAUCAUCAGUACACUGACCAAGGAGUUCAAUGAAGAUUCAGUGAACUACCCUCUAAGCUCUCCAGGCUCUCAGCUGAAGCGUUUCAAAGCUGGCCUGUGCGAAUUUGUUCGGGUUUUGGUGCGUUCCUGUCGCAACAGCCUCGUUUAUGAUGAAUACCUCUUUCCCUCUGUGCUGGCUCUGCUCACCGGCCUGUCCGACUCACAGGUCCGAGCCUUCAGACACACCAGUUCCCUGCUGGCCAUGAAGAUGAUGACAGAGUUGGUGGAAGUAGCUGUUACGGUGUCUGUUCAGCUGCAGACCACCCAGCGGCAAUACGACCUGGAAAAAAGCAAGAAGCCAAAUGACAGAGCCUCUGACCGAUUGGAGGAGCUGCAAACCACCAUCAGAGAGUUGCGAGAGAACAAAGAGGAGCUCUCUUCCAUGAUGAAUGCUACCUUUCGCGGUGUGUUCGUGCAUCGUUAUCGUGACCGACUGCCUGAGAUCCGUGCAGCUUGUAUUGAGGAGUUGGGCUUUUGGCUGAAAACAGAUCCUGAAGACUUCCUAAAUGAUGGAUGCCUGAAAUAUUUAGGAUGGACCCUCCAUGACAAGCAAACUCCAGUGCGUCUGCAGUGUGUGCGUGCCCUGCAGGGUCUGUACCAAGAGAAGGAAUUCAUUGGCCGCCUGGAGCUUUUCACCAGCAGAUUCAAAGAAAGGAUUCUCAGCAUGGUGCUGGACAAAGACCCAGACGUGGCAGUGGAAGUGGUCAAUCUGUUGUUGAUGAUCCAACAUAUGUGUGCACACGAUGGCAGGAGGACGGAGGAUGGCCUGAUGGAAGAGGAGUGUGGCCACAUCUAUCCCCUGGUUUACGCUUCACACCGAGGCCUGGCGUCUGCAGCUGGUGGCUUUCUGUGCAACAAGCUGAAGAGGGUAAUUGCCAGCGAUGAGGAGAAUAAAAACAACAAUGCAGCCUUUUUUCAAAUCCUCGUCUCCUUCUACAUCCAGAGUGAGUUUCAUGAGCAUGGGGCAUACCUGGUGGAUAGUCUGUGGGCUGUGGCAGGAUCUGAGCUGAGAGACUGGGAGACGAUGACCGCUUUACUGCUACAGGAUGCUGGUUUGAUGUAUGAGGAAGAGGGGGCGCUCCUAGAGCUUAUGAUGUGUGCCAUCAGACAGGCAGCAGAGACAACCCCACCUGUUGGGAGAAGUCACAGCAAAAAGAUCUUGAGUAUGAAGGAUAAGAGGAUCCAGGAACAAGACAAGAAUCGCAUCACCUCACAUUUCAUCCCUGUACUACCAGAGCUCCUUUCAAAGUACUCAGCAGAUGCAGAAAAGAUGAGUCUUCUUCUCAAAGCUCCCCUUUACUUUAAUCUGGAGAUGUACAGCAGUACUCAGUGGCUAGAAAAGCAUCUGGACCUGCUGCUGUCCCAGAUAUGUGUCAUUGUGGAAAAACACACAGAGAUCUCUGUGCUUCAGGCUUGUGCCCAGUUGGUCAGCACACUCUGCUCAGAGUGCUACACCUUCUCCACCCGCGCACAUCUAGUAUUCAGCCAGCUGCUGGAUGAACUGACUGAAUGUUUCAGCACCUACUCAAGUGACCUGUUGCAGGGUACUGCAGAUGAUGAUGACGUAUACAACGCAGCCACAGCCUUGAAAAAAAUCGCUGCCUUGAGCAGUGCUAAGGACCCGACUGGCUGGAAGCUGUUGGACUCCUGUCUAAAGUUGCUGAAGAGCAGGAUGGAAUCUAUGGAGCUUGACACAGAGCUCAUGGUGUCGGCCCUGAAAUGUGCAGCUUUUCACCUGAUGUGGGCCAAAGUGAAUGUGGUCAAUUCCAAACCAGCUGAGGCGGAACUGAAGCGUCUGAAAAAGGAGGUGCACUCAUUCUGUAGAGUCUGCCAGAUGUGUUUAUCUCUGGAAAAGGCUGAGAUCAGAGACCAGGCAUUUGUGCUGCUGUGUGACCUCCUGCUGUUGUACAGUGCGAGUUCAGUCCGUGCUGAACCGGACCUCCAAGCACUGGUUCACCUGCCAUCUGAUUGUCUGCGCUCUGAGUUGGCUGCUUUCCUUCUGGACUACGUAUUCAGCGAAGAUGAAGAUGACGAGCUCAGUGAUGAGAACGAGGAGACAAAAAUGAUUCUUCUUCAGAAGAGGCGCAACGAGUUGGCAGGCUACUGUAAGCUCAUCAUCUAUGGGGUGCUGGACCUCACAGCUGCCACUAAUGUGUUCAAGCACUACAGCAAGCACUUUAAAGACUUUGGGGACAUCAUCAAAGAGACUUUGAGCAAGACGAAGCUCAUUAACCCCAUACAGAGCGCCAAGACUGUGUGCCUGAGCCUGCAGCAGCUGUACUCAGAGAUGCUUACAGAGGACCCCAGCCAGCAUGAUCUCACUGAGAUGAGAGACUUGGCCAAGAGGCUUGCCAUGAGCUUUGGCAUUGAUCUCCAUCGUGUCUCCAAACCGCUUGUGGCCCUGCACAUGGACGGUAUACGGUUUGCAUUUCGGGCCCCACAAGAGGGAGAGGAGCAGCAUCCAAAUGUGGCCUUCUUGGAAAUCCUCAGCGAGUUCAGCUUCAAGUUGCUUCAGCAGAACCGCGCCCAACUAGCUGCAUUUGUGAAAUCUGAGUGUCCCAGUGAUGCCCUCUCCUGGCCAUCCGUUAGACUGUAUCAGCAUUCUUUGGAAUCUGGCUCCUCAUCGAAGGCCAGAGAGCAGGAAGGGAAAGGCGAUGCCAUCUCCUCACAUGACACUCCAGUAGCCAAACGCAAGAGGACGACUGUCCAGGGGUCAGCAUCCAGCACCACCAAAGUGUCCUGGUUGGAGAGCAGCAGUAUCCACAGCCACUUGGACACUCCAGCCUUCACCUCCACUGUCCAGAAACAGCCGGCCUCCAAGAAAACUGGAGCUGUAGAAUCUGGUAUUGGUGAUGGUUUAACUGAGCUGCAAUCUGAGGAUGAGUUCUCCUCGGGGCCUCAGAUGCGAAAAGUGAAACCCACCAAACGAGGCCAGCAUUCCUCCAUCCAGACUGAACCUCCGUUGAAGAAAAAAGACCUGGAGUCCCACCUCACCUUGCUUUCUCUGAUUGAGGACAACAUUUCAGAAAGAGAGGAAAACAGUUCGGGGAAAGAGGAGCCUGAGAUUGAAGAUUAUGAAAGUGGCUCUGAAUCUGCGUACACACUGCCUUCCACACUUGUUACCUCAGCCAGCAUCCUUGAUGAGCUCUUCGACUGAGGCCUGUCUGGAUUAUCACCACAACUUUUCCGCAUUUUUUAUUUUAUUUAUUUAUUUUUUGUUUGUUUUUUGGAGUGGGGUUAUAUUCUGU